UUUAUUGAUGUAGUUUCUCAUGCUGUGGACUAUUUUUGGAUUGAUAUCUAGAGCAUCUACUUGUUCAAUCGAGCGUCCAAAUUCUAUUCGAAAGCACAAGUGUGAUGAGGCAAGCCAAAUAUAAUCUCGAACCCAAAGUGGAUUGAGGGGAGGCAACUGAAAGUAAGCAAGUGGACGCGACAUUCCAAAUUCGGCAGAUGGGUGAAAACGCUAUUCGAAACGUCGAUGGAUCACCAUUUGAGAUCGUUGAGUUCAAUUUUCGCCAGUUAAAUGAACGGUGCGUGACGUAUGAGUAGAGAAAGUUGCCAUCCAAUAAAUCUACAAGAGUAUCAACAACAAAAUUCAUCACUUUUUGGCGUCGAGGCAUUUUUCUCCAAAAAGCUAGCACACACAGCAUGACCCAUGAAGAACAAAAGCGACAGAUGCCAUCGGGAGAGAGUGGCCGCCCGUGUUGUCUUCUUUCACGUUAACUGGCCAACAUUUUCUAGCCAAAAAAAAACUAAUAAUACGUUAUAUAUUUAACGCAACAAUGAGGUGUGGGAAUCCCAUACAAAAACACGCCUGCAGAUAGAGAAAAGGAGAAAGACCUAUAGCUGCAGGGAUAUAAUAUCAGUGCAGCACACAAGCCGAAGUGUAUAGGAAGGAAAAAAAGGAGGCGGGAACAUCCAUCAAAGGAGGGACGACAUUGCUGGUUUUUACGAUCUCUUCGCCGGGAGAGAAAUUUUUUUCGAAAUAAGAAAAAGACAACAACACACAUUGAAUGGUCUAUAAACGUUGCUGCGGUUCCUCUUGAAGAAGUUUCGGGUAUAUAAAGGCAUUUUGUUGCUCACAAUUUCAUCACAGUCUUUUCUCCGACUCUUUCUCAGCACCAACAACUUCUUCUUCUUCGUCAUGAACGUCUACUCCUUGGCUGGAUUGGUCCUCGUGGGACUUUUAUUGCUGGCCAGUACGUCGGCGGAUGAAAUUAAACCUUAUGGUCCUUACGACAAGUUGGAAGGGUAUUUUCAAUACGCCAAUGUCCCAGCGGAGGAUGAGUACGAAUUCGGUUUCAAUCGCGGCAAUGCCGACCACCACAUUUCUCGACAUGAGCAGUACAAAAGCGGCAACUUCCGCACCAAGGUCAAAUGGGCUGAUACUUAUGAAGGACAUGGUGAACAUGCCUGGGAUUACAACCAUGGCCAAAAUUACAAAGGUGAUUACAAGCCCGAUUAUAAGCCCGAUUAUGAGCCAGACUACAAACCUGACUACAAACCUGACUACAAACCAGACUACAAACCAGACUACAAACCAGAUUACAAGCCCGAUUACAAGCCAGACUACAAGCCGGAAUAUCAAUCUGACUACAAACCGCAGUAUCAACCAGAGUACAAGCCGGAGUACAAGCCGGAGUACAAGCCGGAGUACAAGCCGGAGUACAAGCCGGAGUACAAGCCGGAGUACAAACCGGAGUACAAGCCUGACUACAAGCCGGAGUACAAGCCGGAAUACAAGCCGGAAUACAAACCGGAACCCGACUACAAGCCUGACUACAAACCUGACUACAAGCCUGACUACAAGCCGGAAUAUGAGCCAGAGUACAAGCCGGAGUACAAGCCCAGCUACGAAACAUCUUACGCGCAGACUGCUUACAAGGCUCCGACGAGCUACGACGUCCCCGUUUACAAGCCUGCCGUCUACAAGUCGUCGGCGUACGACCGUCUCUACAGAAGCUCUUCCAGACCUUAAAUUAAUUCCGUUUUUCUUUUAGAUCAAAAUGUGUUGAAUAGAUCGCCACAAAAUUCCCUCCUUUUAUUUUAUUGUCCGUAUCGCUAGUUGCUGUAUAGAAUUGCCCGAAAUAAAAACCCAUUUAGUUUUGCCGCAGUGCGACUAAAAGCUAAAAA